AUGCGUAUUUUUGUGAACGACGACCGCCAUGUGAUGGCCAAGCACUCGGCCGUUUACCCGACGCAGGAGGAGCUGGAGGCGGUUCAGAAUAUGGUGUCCCACACGGAGCGGGCGCUCAAAGCUGUGUCCGACUGGAUCGACGAGCAGGAAAAAGUCGGCGGGGAACAGCCAGAAACAGAGUCCAUGGAGACGGCAGCCGAAGAGGAAAACAAGGAAGGAGGGGAUCAGAAGGCCACGGAGCAGUUGACGAGGACCCUGCGUGGAGUGAUGCGUGUAGGGCUUGUGGCAAAAGGCCUGUUACUGAAGGGGGACUUGGAUCUUGAGCUAGUUCUUUUGUGCAAAGACAAACCCACCACAGAUCUCCUGGAGAAAGUAGCUGACAAUCUGGGAGUUCAGCUUGCUGCUAUUACCGAAGACAAAUACGAAAUAAUCCAGUCGGUUGGCGAUGCUGCGAUUGUAAUUAAGAACACGAAAGAGCCGCCGUUGACACUGACCAUCCACUUGACGUCGCCCGUAGUCAGAGAAGAAAUGGAAAAACAGUUAGCUGGAGAAACGCUAUCAGUCAACGACUCCCCGGACGUUCUGGACAGGCAGAAAUGCCUUGCUGCCUUGGCGUCACUGCGACACGCCAAGUGGUUCCAGGCCAGGGCUAACGGGCUGAAGUCGUGCGUCAUAGUGAUCCGAGUGCUGCGAGAUCUGUGUACUCGGGUUCCUACUUGGGCACCGCUGAGAGGAUGGCCUCUAGAGCUGCUGUGUGAGAAAUCUAUCGGAACUGCUAACAGACCCAUGGGCGCUGGCGAGGCGCUGAGGAGAGUUCUUGAAUGCCUUGCCUCGGGAAUCGUUAUGCCAGAUGGUUCUGGUAUUUAUGAUCCUUGUGAAAAAGAAGCCACUGAUGCUAUUGGGCAUCUAGACAGACAACAAAGGGAAGAUAUCACACAGAGUGCUCAGCAUGCUCUGAGACUUGCUGCUUUUGGCCAGCUUCACAAAGUCUUGGGGAUGGAUCCCCUCCCUUCCAAAAUGCCCAAGAAACCAAAGAAUGAAAACCCUGUUGACUAUACUGUCCAGAUUCCUCCCAGUACAACGUACGCUGUCACUCCAAUGAAGCGUCCGAUGGAGGAGGAUGGAGAGGAGAAAUCUCCCAGCAAAAAGAAAAAGAAGAUUCAGAAAAAAGAGGAAAAACUUGAACCUCCCCAGGCCAUGAAUGCACUGAUGAAACUGAACCAGCUCAAACCCGGGCUCCAGUACAAACUCGUCUCUCAGACCGGCCCCGUUCACGCUCCUAUCUUUACAAUGUCUGUGGAAAUCGAUGGCAGCACGUUUGAGGCAUCGGGACCUUCCAAAAAGACGGCCAAAUUGCACGUGGCGGUGAAGGUGUUGCAAGAUAUGGGUUUACCCACGGGAGUAGAAGGCAAAGAAUCUGGGAAAGGAGACGAAUCGGCAGAGGAAACAGAACAGAAGCCAGUCGUUGUCGCUCCUCCUCCUGUAGUAGAAACUGUCUCAACGCCCACCGCUGCUUCUCCUCCCUCAGAUCAGACCCCUGAGAAUGUGAAACAACAGGGACCAAUUCUGACAAAGCACGGGAAGAACCCGGUGAUGGAGCUCAACGAGAAAAGGCGCGGGCUGAAAUACGAACUGAUAUCGGAAACGGGCGGCAGCCACGACAAGCGCUUUGUCAUGGAGGUGGAAGUCGAUGGGCAGAAAUUCCAAGGAGCUGGUUCAAAUAAAAAGGUGGCAAAAGCCUACGCCGCUCUGGCCGCGCUCGAGAAGUUGUUUCCGGAUGCUCCUGUUGCCAUUGAGCAAAACAAGAAGAAGAGGGCCCCCGUGCCAGCUAGGGGAGGACCCAAGUUUGCAGUAAAACAGCACAACCCGGGUUUCGGAAUGGGAGGCCCCAUGCACAACGAAGUUCCCCCUCCGCCCAACAUGCGAGGUCGCGGAAGGGGUGGCAACAUCAGAGGCCGCGGGAGAGGCAGGGGCGGAUUCGGCGGCAAUCACGGCGGCUACAUGAAUGCAGGUGCUGGAUACGGAAGCUAUGGUUACGGAGGAAAUUCGGCGACAGCAGGCUAUAGUGACUUUUUCACAGACUGCUACGGCUAUCAUGAUUUUGGGUCUUCCUAG